UUUAUCUAUUUUUUUUUAUAUAUAUUGACUCUUGAAUAAAAAUAUAUUAUCUUUAUUGGAGAUUCGAAUAAAAAUUAGUGAUCAUUUUACUAAACGAUGAUUCGAUUUCGACAUAUAAAAUGUCCGUUUUAACCCAAUGACUUGGAUGAUUGGUUAUGCUUGUUGACUUAUGUGCGAUACGAUGCGAUAUGCGUUCGAAGAAGCAACAUGUGUCGAAUUAUUAGUUUGUCACUUGACGUCUGCGUGAUACAUUGUGUAAUGAUUACGUUUAAAUACACAUAUUACUAAUAUUUUAUUGAUAAAGUUGCACAAAGUAUAUCAAAUAGCAUCCAAUAUCACAUAUCCACAGUGAGUGUUGACGUAAUCAUACCUUUUCUAAGUACAUUAUCGGUUUUCUUUGUAUUUUUUUUUUUUUCAUCGUAAUUAUCACAACUGUGCCAUAAAUAUUUUAUCUCUUUUUUUUUCUUUGUGCAACUACGUAUUGUGUUACGCAGAAUGGCAUACAUAGAAACAUUGCCUAUACUAGAAGGAGCAAAAGUAAUUGUUAUAGAUGAAGGAUUAGAUGUAAUGUAUGCAGGAGCAUUGAUAGCUGGAUGGCUACAGGCAUGGAAAGAGAAAGAUCUUAACUAUAGUAUCGAUUGGUUGUCAUUUUCUGAUCCAAAACUAUGGUAUGAAAAUGAACCUGGACCGUUUACAUCCAAAAAUGUACAUUUACACGAUUAUUAUACUGUCAAUGUAAAUGAAGUUGCAAAGAAAGAUUUGAAAAAUCUUGAAUAUAUACUUAAAACUGUCAAGUUGAAACCUCGGAAUACAGUUAUUGUCAAUUGCUUGAGUUCCUUAGUUCUAUAUGUAGGUCUAGCAAAAGCCCUACGAUUCAUAGAACAAUUAAGUAAACAGGUGUCGCAACUUAUAUGUAUUUAUCGGAGAGAUCUUGUACAGAAAAUUCCUGCAGUUGAAACUUUGGGUACUGCUUAUGUUAAGCUGGAGAAAUUUACUGGAAUUAAUUCAACAAACAAUUUAAUUUAUACUGCAAGACUCAUCUUUAGAAAAUUGAGCAGUUCUUUAAUAUGUCAAACAGAAAUAAUAAAACAAGAUAGUAUAUCUUAUCAGAUUUAUGCUGAAAAGAUUGCAACAACAAAUGGUCGCAAGUCAGAAGUAAAUGAAAAUCAAUCAGUAAAAAUUGAAUCGUCGUUUAGGAUAGAGAUGAAUGCUCGAGAAAUGGAACAAAGAGAUAAAACACCUUUACCUUAUACUCUAAAUGCAACAAAUACAUCUAAAAUAUUUUAUCAUCCAGAUGAUGUAGAUGAUAUAGAUGAAGAGGAUCCUGAUGAUGAUUUAUGUUUUUAGGGGACUCUACUCUCUAACAAACAACGACCAUAUUGUACAGCGUCCUCUCGACUGCUGACAAUUCCGACUUCAAGCAACCAGUUGACCAAAUCUGAUCCCGAAAAGACUCCUUUGUAUACUUUCAACAAUCGCCUACGGCACAUAGAUAUACGUGCUCGACAUGCCUCUAAAUGACAUCGAUUAAACUGUUCUCGGAUCGUCCUUGCUUCUGAACUGAGAGCAUCUUCACAAGGUAAUUGUAAUUCUUUUCCUGUAAAUAUAAAAUAUUAUUAACAUAUAUCAAUCAAUACAUGUAUCAAUCAAUAAGUUCAUUUUCUAUAAAAAAUUAACCUAGUUAUAAUUUUAUAUAUUGUGCAUAAUUUAUGUGCAUAAAUACACAUAAACUUGUGUAUAAAUAUGAAAUGUAUAUAAAAUGA